ACUCCACCCCUUCCGGAAUCCGGACCAUGGAGCUUUUUACCUCGCAGUUCCUUUGCCGGAUGGCCUCCGUCAGACCCUCACCGUGUAUAAAUACUCCACACCCGCGCACUGCUACCAGCCUACCGUAGCCACUCAGCAACUCCGUGCAUCUCACGCCCUCUUAGCUAGCUCGUGCCAGCGCGCGAUGGCCGCGCCGUUUCUGCUCCUUCUUCUGCUCGUCGUCUCUGGGGGCGCUGCAGCGGGCGGCGACGACGAGGCGUGGCUUUCCCGGCUCGAGCUCCGAGGCAUCGAUGACCCGGGCCGUGGGCACGCGUCCGUCGCGCCGGAGGAGGAGGUGUUCAUGGACGUUAUUAUCGCCACUGACGACGACGAGGCGGGCGAAACGCCCCGACUCGAGUUCCGUGGCAUCGACGAUUCGGGCCGUGGGCACGCGUCCGUCGCGCCGGAGGAGCCGGUGUUCACGGCCCGUGUCUCCACGGACGACGACGAAGCGCCUCGGCUCCAGUUCCGAGGCAUCGACGGCUCGGGCCAUGGGCACGCGUCCGACGCGCCGAAGCAGCAGGCGUUCGUGGACGUUAUGUCCGCCAACGGAUGCGCGAGGUUCGCGGGCCUCCUCGCCGCGACGGCGAACGCGGGCGAGAUCUUCCAGCAGCGCCUCCUCGACGGCCGCGGCCGCGGGCUCACUGUCUUCUGCCCCGACGACCUCGCGGUGGCGACGUUCACGCCCAAGUUCGACAGCCUGAGCGCCGACGACCAGCUCGCCGUCCUGCUUCACCACGGCGCGGGGGCGCGCUACCGGAGGGAGCAGUUCCAGGCGUUCGACUGGGUGUGGGUGGGCUCGCUGGCCACCGACGCGGCCACCAACAAGAGCCACGCCAUCACCAUCCGCGACGACGGGGACACGGUGCGGCUGUGGCCGUCGUGCGGGAGCGGCGCUGGGGUGAAGGUGACCAAGACGGUGUCCGAAGGCCCCCUCGCCGUGUACGUCGUCGACGCCGUGCUGCUGCCGAGCCACCUGCGACAGAAGCUGGAUGGCGGCGACGAGCCGGCUGCUGCGUGCAAGCCGUGCGGUGGCUAUCUCCGCUGGCUCCACUGCUGCAUCCCGGCCUGGGUAACGAUACUCGUGGCCGUGGGCAGCAUGGUCUGCACCGUGGUGGGGUUUCUUAUCCCGCAGGACUGCUGCCGCAGGAUUCACUGAACAACAACAAGAAGGCCGCUAUGUUAGCGGUUAAUUUAUCUGGUUAAGUUCAACCGCACUACUGAAUAAUCCUCUUACAUCUAUAUGGCACUCUAUAAUUAUGGUUGUGCGUGCUUGUACUGUUUAGCCCAGCACAUAGGAGUAUGUUGCUGCAGCUUGUCGCUUGUCGGUCCAUAUCACUGUUCUGCGUGUGAGUGCGUGGUCUGCUGUGUUGGCUCCUGUGCCACAGCUUAAUUUGCAUACGCCACUUGUACAUAUUUUUCCUGUUGCAAAAUGUCAGAUUCAACAUCGGCCUAGAAGUCGAGAAAAAAGUAGUCAAAUCAUGCUAUGAAUAGUAAUCCCUUCAAUCCAUAAUAAGUAUCGUGAUUUUACUUUAAAUUCAGAGGGAGUACUUACUUGAAGGUGUGCUAUGAAUUUGGCCCAUAAACAUGAUCAAUGCAAAAUUAUUAUUUUUGUUUC